AAAGAAGCAAAAAACCAAAUAUAAUAGAGGUAAAAAUAUUGAGAAGAAAAAUGAAGAAAGAACAUAAUAUAUUUGCAUUAGCAAUGAUAUUUUGCCUUGUCAUAGUGCCAGUCUAUGGCCAAUACUACUCGAAAACUGUUAUGCGAGCUACUCAGCGGGCGAAAAAGAUGACCCGACUCCACUUCUUCCUUCAUGAUACCGUCAGUGGUGAAAACCCCAGUGCAGUCGUCAUAGCCCGUCCCAACAUCACGCAACCAUCCUCAUUCGGGUUUGGCACAUUGUUUGCAAUUAAUGACCCCCUUACCGUAGGGCCUGCACUAACAUCAACGUUGAUUGGUAACGCUCAAGGACUCUAUGUAUCAUCCAGUCGAGACCCUGCUGUGUUUACUACAGUUAUGUACGCUGAUUUAGCAUUUACGAGUGGCAGGUUCAAUGGGAGCUCUUUUAGUUUAAUCUCAAGGAGUUCAUCUUCAGAUGCAAUUCGUGAAUUGGCUAUUGUGGGAGGGAGAGGUGCGUUUAGAAUGGCCCAAGGGUUUGCUCUAACUCAAAUCAAUUUUGCAAAUUUGACGACAGGGGAUGUUAUUCUUGAGUGCAAUGUUACUUUGCACCAUUACUAAACCAGAUCGACAGUAGAAUACAAAUUUCAAUACUGAAAAAUGUAUAUCAAUAAUUGUUGUAAUUCAAUUCCGUGAAGAAUUACUGCGGGAAUAAAGCUAGUGAUCAAAUAUCAUUAUAUUAAUUAUCUUGUUUUUUCCAAA